AUGCGAGAGUUAUUGGGCAACUCCGAUACGGAAGGGUUGCUGGCCAUGGAGCACCGUCAGGGGAAACCCCUACGGGCUCUGAAAACGACGAGUGACGAUGAAGACGAUGCCGCAUUUAAGACAUGCAUGAGCGGAGGAACGGAGGAUGCCUUUGGAUCUCAGACCAGCAGUCGCCGGAAGAUAUUUAAGAGGUUGAACCUGGACGCUUUCUACAAUGGUGCGCAGUUUCGUGCGGGGGGUGAAACCACAGAACGUACGGGUGGGAGGAGUGAACGAAGAAAGAAUGUGCGUGGACUUCUCAAUAUGAUCUACGGCGAGCAAGAAAUGGGUGCUUUACAGCAAAGGCAUAGACGUCCAAUGGAUAGUGACAUUAACUCCGCCACGACAAAUACAGUGGAUGCUGCAGCACCCGUUGUUGCCGUUUCUCCAGGAACACCUCUUAAGAAACGCAAAGAGAAACACGAGGCAGGGGAGUGGGUAUCUGCGCGUCACACGGCUUUGGAGGAAUUGCGGCUGGAGUUGGACAAGCGACUGCGCACGGAUGCGCACUUCCGACCCGAGCUGCGAGAGGUUGCGAAGGAGAAAGAGGAACACAUAGAACAAGCAAUAGAAGAAGAAGAAGAGGAGGAAGGUCAUCAGCGGAACGUGAGCGUGAUGACUGGAGAGCGGCGACGCUUCAGUGAUUCUAUUGAUUCAUCCCGAGGUCUAGAGAUGAGUCCUGCAGUCAUUUCGGACCGUGCUGAACCCGGGAGGAUGAAUGAAUCAGCCAUAGAUCUUUCUGAUAUUCAUGACAUCCCCGACGGGCGAUCGAUGGAGGUGAUGCGGCGGGCGGAAGAACGAUCAAUAGAGAGAAAACAGAGAGCGGAGACGGAAUUUCGGAAUAGGGAGCUCUUAGAGUGCACGUUCCACCCACAAGUCGCCCCAAACUCCGCCGUUCUCUUUCAAAAAAUGGCGCUUGGGAAGGGCAAUGUAUUUGGCCGAUUGUAUCCACAAGAGCUACGGGAUCAGGCGGCUAAGGCACGUGAUGCUCAGAUGCGAGAAGAGCUGGAGUCCCUUGAAAGGUAUGAAAUAGAAUUUCUUCGUGAACGCUGCGGUGGGUUAACAGCCGCAUGCCCAGCUGAAGACAACUUUGGGUUGUUCCUAAGCAACGUGCUUGGGAGAAGUGUGGUCCACGGAGCUGUUUCUAUAAAAACGGAUUACAAAUCGCCACUGGCCCAAAAGAUGCACGCUGAUGCUUCCAUUGGUGAUUCAGAUGGAUCUGGGAUGGUAAAGAAGACUACUCGCGAAGAACGCCGAUACCGUAUUGCGUGCUUUGACGAGUUUCUUCAACGUCAAAACGAGCACAAAAGGAGUAGGUCUCGUAGUGUGCGGAAUAUGGAAAAGGCACUGACACCAUCCUUCAAACCUGAGAUUAGUGUGCACAGCGUGCAAAUUGCGAAGGAAUUAAUGGCCCGUAGUUCAACCACUCCGUCGGGUUCCAAUAAUGCAUCAGCGCUGGCUUCAGCUGUGAAAAAGCACCGCUCUCCAUACGUGGAUCCAUGCACUUUUAAGCCGAGGAUUACUGCAGUUUCCCGUGCCAUGGAACCACGGGGCGUGGAAUCCAUGGCGAACGAUGGUGUGCGUCUACGUGAAUGGAGGAAAAGACAGCAGGAAAGAGCAGCAAAAGAAGAAAUCAAGUAUCCAUUUCGUCCCACUCUUAAUGAUGCUCACAAUAAGCGUAUCGAGUCACUGUUGACAUUAAAGAAUUACUCACGCUACGAGCAGGGUUUGCGACGGCGGAAAGAGCAGAUGGCGAGAAUGAAAGAGGAGCAGGAUGCCAUAAAAGAAAAUGAAGAGGUGGAGCGAAGCACGUUUUGUCCCAAAACAACCCGUAAACCGGAGUAUGUAACAAGAAUGGCUUCCAGCUUUGCUCUCGUCCGGCAGCAGUAUGGAGAACUGUGA